CACUGGGCUGCUUCCUUGGAGAAGAGGCCACAAGCCAGGUUACCGGCCAUGGCCUCAGCCUGAGGCAGUGCAAGUGGCCUCCUCUUCGAUUAGAAUGGAGAAGGACCCUGCUGCACACAGAAGGCACCGGCCUGGGCCUGGGGCCCUGCCCUCGGGGGCAGCCCCUGGGCUUGGCAAGGCAGCCAGUGAGGGGCCUGCACUGCAGAGAAGCAGGAGCGUAGGUGGCCUGAUACAGAAGGGGGACCCCCCAAGCCGCCCCAGGAAUCCAUGCAGGGAACCCGAGUCUGAAGAUCAGGACCAUGACCCAAGGAGGGACACAAACAACGCCAGUGGUCAGGCAGACCUAGAGGAAGAUGGGAAAGAGAAGAAUCAGGAUGCCCAGGGAACCCCGGAUCCUGACAGUGGGAAAGCAGAGCCAGAGACUGAGUGGAGUGGUGCAGAGACCAGCACCGAGGGGGAGCAGGAAGGCACAGGCUGGUGUUCCAGGGAGGCCGAGGAACAGGAAUUGGAGCCGAUAAAGCUGGUCAGCCAUCUCGAAAAAGAGGCAAGAGCUUUAUACUUCAGCAGCGGAGGUCAGAUGUGUCAUAAACCACCUACAUUUGUGGAGAUUGAUCUGGGAGAUCACACUGAGGAGGUCAUCCCCUGUGCCGUGAGAGAGGAGAUGCAGGCCCGGAUGGACACAGGAGAUCUGUCAGAAGAUGAGAUACAGACCAGCUGGUUGUGCUGCAUCCCAUACACUACCAGGAGGAAGACCAAGUGUGGCAUGGCGGCCCUGGAGAAGGGUUGGCUGAGCUGGGGGGAAUGGGGGGCAGAUUGUUCUAUCAUGGCAGAUACCCCCAGCAGCUCUCCGACCACACAAGACUGAGAGCCACCAGGAGCCAGCCCUGGCUGCAGGGUGGUGCAGCUUUUAAAGGACACUCGGUGCAAGUUUGCGGGACAUGGGAGACAGAGAAGGGGCAGGAAGGUGGCUUACCUGUCA